UUUCUGCUGAAAAAGGGGGGACUUCUUUAACAUAGUAACUGAUUGAUCGAUUCAUUGAUUUGCUCCGAAAUGACGGAAAUUACAGAGAUGGAGAAUGAGCCCCAGGGCAGGGACCUUCAGCGACCACAGGCCACCGUGCCCAACCAACCAGAGUCAAAGUUGCAGAGACUGAAGCGCUCCCUCUCCUUCAAGUCGGUCAUGCGCAGCAAAAGCGUGGACAACUUUUUCCAGCGCAGCAACAGCGACCCCCGCCAGCCCCCGGCUGUCAUCACCACCGCCCCACUUCAACCGACUCCUCCCUGCUUCCCUGAGGCCGCGCCCAUGUACGAGCACUCACCCUGCCUGUCCCCCAACGUCAGUCCCAACCCGUCUUUGUCGUCGCAGUCCUCCGCCAUCAGCCCCUCGCUGUCCGUCACUCCAAACACUCAGCCAAAGACCCAGGCCCAGCCGGUGCAGACACUGAAGACCCACUGUUUUCAGGAGCACGUCUUUCGCAGGUCCACCAGCUGCCAGCGAUGCAAACACAUGAUCCAUGGAAACUCCAAGCAGGGGCUGCGAUGCAAGGCCUGCAAACUCGCUGCCCACCUCUGGUGCUCGUCGGAGCUCUCCCAGCUUCCCUGCAAUGGCAAGUCGGGGGCUUUCAAAAGAAACUUCAGCUCUCCUCUGCUGACCAUCGAUCCCCUGGGUGUGGUCCGAGAGGCUCCUGCUGCUCAGGAAGCCGAGAACGGCACUGUUGACCCAGUAUAUGAAGCGCUGCGCUAUGGGACAUCGCUGGCUCAGAUGAGUCGUUCCAGCUUCGGCAGCAUCUCCGAGUCUCCCAGUCAUGAGGGAGAAAAACAGCAAGACAAACUAGAAAACCAGCCCAUACCUGAAGAGGAACACAUACCAGGAAUGCUCACCCCUCCCGAAAGUGAGAAAGCUGAUUCCGAAGACAGAGUCAGUCUGAAGACACCCAAACAACUAGACGUCCCCUCCAUCCACACCUACGUGGCUCUCUACAAGUUCCUGCCUCAGGAGAAGGAUGACUUAGAGCUACGACCCGGAGACAGGAUUAAAGUCACAGACGACUCCAACGAGGACUGGUGGAAGGGGAAAAGCAGAGACAAAGUUGGAUUUUUCCCAGCCAACUUUGUGCAUCGAGUUCGGCCCGGUGAGAGAGUAUGGAAGGUCACGGCCGGUUUCCAUGGCAACAGAGACAAAGGGCAGAUGACUGUAAAAGAGGCCCAGAUCUGCGUGGGGAAGAGCGAAGAGGCCGACGGUUUCCUUCGCCUGACGAGUGGAAAGAAGCGAGGCUUGGUCCCGGUGAAGUACCUGAUGGAGAUUUGAUGGCAGCACAUUCCUCCGUGACACUCGUUUUGAUAGAGACGUUGACUGAGGAGUGUUUACCCAACACGUGGUUGACUGCCAGCCAACCACCGCCACCUCCUCCAGAAGUGUAGGCAGCUGGAGUGGACAACUGACGCAAUGUUGUAAUGGACCACAGUGGCUCGGAGAGGUUGAGACAAGGGCAGGCUUAUCGACAGCUACUUUUCUUUGGGGUUUUUUCUACUGUAGCACAACUGAACUCAGUGUGGUUUAUUACAACUAGAAAAUAUGUAGCAUUGCAUACAAGGGGUUAAGUGGGCAGAGAGCCCGGUUACCUCACUGGCCAAUUCCCACUGGCCUUCUAUCUGCAAAAAAACAAACCAACAAUAAAGUAAUGACAUUUGCGAUGAUGUCGAGGCCCAUAUUAAUGAACUUUUGAUCAAACUGUCUGCACUUCAAUGUUCGUGGCAACAAGACGUGAGCGUGUAAUAGGCUGUAGCUGUGUGUGGUAGCAUCUUUUGUUCUUUAGCAGUUUGGGUUAAUGAAGUUGCGUCCGCUCUUAUAUUUUGCAGACCUCACCUCUCUUCUCCUGGGUUACAGAUUCGUAAUCCGUUUCUGCUGAUUUCUCUGGGAGAGAUUCAGGUAUUUCAAUACAGCUCCACUUUGGUCAAAUGAAAGUCAUAACACACACGCACACACUUUAUUUUGGACUGUUCUCCUGUGAUCAGAUUACAGUUGAGUUUUCGUGCUCCGCGGCUCUGAUGUGACGAAUGUCCUGCGUGCACCUCAGGGGAGCUUCUUUCUCGGUACGUCCUUCAGUCACGCUGACUUUCCACCCUCUGGUUUUAAUGUUCACUCUGCUCCAUGCACCUCUGAAAUCAAUCACCACGAGCUGCUUCCCUGUCGUCGUAGACUCUGCCUGCUUCAUGGGUUUUGUGUUUUUUAAUGUACAGCUUCAUACGGCGGUGCGUCCCCAGCAUCGUACGGCAGAAAGAAGUGCUGCGCUGACACUUUUUCUUCCUCAGAAUUCACGUGGACGAGCUAUAACCAAACUAAGUGUUAGUCUUAUCAGCACACGUGGUGACUUAUGGGUAACCGUGGAGAUGUUAUUGUUGCAGCAAUAGGCAAAGUCACCUCCCAUCACCUACGUUAUUGUUCCGUAACAACAAACCCUAAGGCAGGAACACAGUGAACACACUGCCUUUGUCGCAGCAAUAAGUGUAAAGACAAAGACAUGACAGUAUUUGUAAAUAGCCUUAAUAAGAAGCUUCAUAUAUAUAUAUAUUUAUAUAUAUAUAUAUGUAUAUAUAUAUAUAUAUAUACUGACUUUGAACAACACUCUGACCUGGUUGACUGCAUCUACCCAAUAGUUGAGAAAGGGGGCGCUGACUUCCAGUCUAAAUACAGAUUCUGCUUUUGUUUUGUUUGUUUUUUUGUCAACCUUGCAGAUGUAUGUAAUGCACCUCUCAGCCCUCUUAGCACAAACCUUUCUAAAUACUAUGCACAACCACUGGGGUUUUUCCACUUUAUUUUAAUCCGUGCUUACGUCCAGUGUCUGCUCAUACACACACACACACACACACGUCGGUGUAUAACUGUAUCUUUGCUUUCACAAUGGAAAAUUCAGAUUCAAACUGAAUUACAGCUGCAGGAGUGUCCGCCAGGGAUUCAUUCAUGCUCUAUCAAAACAUUUACCGUCAAUGACUAGCGCUGACUCAGGAUCAGUAUUCAGGUAAAACGCCAGUACCACACUAAUGCACACUACCAUGCCUGAUCUCUGCAUGGCUAGCUGCCCCCUGGUCCUCACACCUCUCAAUAAAAGUCAGA